AUGUUGCCUGGAUUUAGAUUUAACCCUACUGAUCAAGAACUUGUGGGCUUCUAUCUUCUCCACAUCAACAACCGUCAAGAUUCUGCUAGGGAGUUUCCUGUUCCAUUCUGCGAUUUCUACGGUGACGAAGAGCCUUGGCAAAUUUGGGAAAGAUUCGGUGGAGAGCAGAAGAAUAAUCUUGAACGUCUCUUCUUCCACACCAAGCUAAAGAAGAAAGCUACGAGGGGCACCGGCACCAACAUUGAUCGCAAGUUUGGCUCUGGAGGCGGAGGAUGGCACGGUGCGACUUCCGGUGAGAAAUCACCCAUUCAUGUUUCUGAUUUAGUAGGCUACAAGAAGAGUUUCAGUUAUUGGAACAAAUCGAGACCGGACCAAGACCGCUGUUGGAUCAUGACGGAGUACAGUGUGGAGGGAAGGGGCUGGGAUUUUGUGAUUUGUGAACUCAAACCUGGCAGAAAACACACAGAGAAAAGAAAGCAGGAGGCUGCGGUACUUGAGAGUGGAGAGAAACGAUGCCGGAUUGAACAACACAAUGGAGAGGCUGUUGCGACUCUAACUGAUGAAGACAAAGGAUGCAGGAUCGAACGUACAAAUUAUGAAGAUGAGGGUGGAGUUUAUUUGCAAGAGAAUGAAGAGGGUGGAGUACAUGCAAAUUAUUAUGAUGAUAAGGGGUUAGCUCCACCUGGAAGCAAUGAAGAAUUUGCAGUUGAAGAUGUACUCUCAUCUUUCUGGGAUUAUCUGAAUGACGGUCACAAUUCUGAGGUGGUGACUGGUGAUUAUAUCUCAGAGCUGCUGCCGCCUUCUUCAGAGCCACCGCUGCCUUCUUUCGAGACGCCGUUGCCCCCGUAUAUUCAAUAA